GAUUAAAAGCGAGUGUAUAAAGUGAUGGAGGAGUAAUACUGCAGUUACCUUCACACAUGUGAGUGUAAUUCUGAGCUUUACUCUGAUGUGUGUGUGUUGUGGGAUCCGGACGGACUGUCCUACAGAUCAGGAUCAGGAUGGAUGAGGAGGAUUUCAGAACUACACUCGCUUACACCAAAAGUCCUAAAACAUCUAAAAGAACCUCUUUCCAGGAUGAACUGGAAGCGGCGGUGAACGCCAGAGCUGGCAGACAGAGACCCGUCGGUAUGAACACCUACUCUGAUGACUUUGAAGAAGAUGAUGAUGAAGGUGACAUUUUGCAAGAGCUGCUCAAGACCAGGAGAAAGAAGAUGGACAUGUUCAAGGCUGCCAGAAUCAAACAGAAAACCAUCCAUUUUGAGCUGUCAGAUGAUGAAGAUAAAGAGGAAGAGAACAUCAAACCCAAAAAGGUUUCAUUUCUGAAGUCCAGCAGGAGAAGUGAGAGCAGUGACCGUGUGGAGUCCAGCAGGAGAAGUGAGAGCAGUGACCGUGUGGAGUCCAGCAGGAGAAGUGAGAGCAGUGACCGUGUGGAGUCCAGCAGGAGUGUCAGAUCUGAUAGGAACGAUUUCCUGAGUCACACACAUUCACCUUUAACCUCGAGAUCUGAAUCAGAGGGAGAAAAGAGGAGAACGAGUCUGUCAGAGUCACCGGUGCCCCUGAAUUCAGAGAACAGCCUCGGUGAGUCCGGACCGCUCUUCAACAGUCCACUGCCGUUACCUUCUGAACCCGGAGAGGAGAAGUUUAGGAGGGUUAUUGGAGCAGAAGCACCGGUACCUCACCCCCGAAGAUCUCCCACAGGUUUGGUGGAGGACACGCCGAGACCUGUACCCAGACAGCGGGCACAUCAGUCGGGCAGCAGUGGGCACGAUGAAGAGAACGGACGGCCCGAGACAGCGUCCAGUAGAGCUGCCUGUUCCUCUGUGUCUCUACCAGUUUGGUCCACUGAGAGCCGCUCCGCUGCGUCUGCGUUUUCUAUCAGAACCGGGACUGGUGGAACUGGUUCUGAACAGCAAACACGACAGCCACACGCAUCAUCCACGACUGCCAUGACAGACUCCAGUUCAGUAGAGGGCGCCAGAGGCAGAGAUUUAUCAAUAACAGGACAGAACAAACAGGAUCGAUCCGCUGAAUCCUCUCAGGAGUGUCAAUCUCAAGCUUCUGACGAUCCUCCUCACAGAUCAGCCACAGAAACCUCGGUCACAUCCCAGAGCAGACCGGCGAGCUCCAGAAAGUCCAGGAGCGCACUGUCAUCCACCUCAGAGUCCAGAUACUUGGGUACUCUGAAGAUUUUGAACGAGACACAGCCGGACGCUGCGGAUUCUCUCAGAGCCGCUGUUUAUCAGGAGUGGCUGAAGAACAAGGAAGAGAAACUGCAGGUGACCAUCAGAGCUAAAAAACAAGAAGAAAAACUAAAGGAGGAGAAAAAGUCGGAGGACGAGCUGAAUAAGAAAACGGAGGCGAAAGCUUCGUAUGAGGCCUGGAGAGAAAAAAAACAAGAGACGCUCAGAGAGAAAGUGAGAGAAAAGCAGGAAACCCUGAGAAAGAAACAAAAAGAGCUGGACGAGAGAGAGGAGAAAAAAGAGACGGCCAAAAGAGUUUUUGGGAAAUGGAAGCGGGAACACGACGAGCUCCUGAGGGAACAGACGAGGAAACGUGUGGAGAAGGAGAAGAGACUGAAGGAGAGAGAGGAGAGAGGUCAGCAGGAGAGGAAACGAGAGUGCUCGUCCACCUUUAAUCAGUGGAGCGAGAGGAAGAAGAACACGAUCGCUGAGAGAACGAAGGUCGAGCGGCGAGAGAAAGGAAUUCAACUGAUCGAAGAGAAGUACGAGAAAGAAGAGAGACAGAGAACGGCGCUGGAGACCUACGAGAAGUGGCUGACGAGAAAAGAGUUCCAGCAGAAGCGAGAUCUACAGGAGAAGAAGGUGAAGUCUAUAGUUCCAGAGGAACCUCCGCCCCCCUGGAGCCCCCCAAACAGAACUGUCCCAUUCGGUAAAUAAAGCGCUCAGUGGGUCUGAUAGGGAACGUGACACUGAUCACGGAAGCGAGUGUGUGUGUGUGUGUGAUACACUCCUGAUCUAAUCGUGAGCAUGAUUAAUGAUGUGAUCGUUAUCUCUAACAGAAUCAACUCACUCAUUAUGUGCAGUUUUAGUGAAUGUAAAAUAACUCAUUUAUUUAUUAUUACCGUUUUUUAUCUUUUAUCUUUUAUCCUUGUAUCUUAAAAUACGAGCUCAGUAUACACUACAUAGCCUAAAGUAUGUGGACACCUGAUCAUGACCUUGUUUUACAUCCUAUUCCAAAACCCUGUGUGUUAUAUAGUCAUAGUUGUUGCUCUGCUUUUGAGGCUGCAACAGCCUACACCUGAUUUUGGGAUUCAUGGCCAGAAGAGAGGUCAGACACUGAUGACAAAUCCUGGCUCGCAGUGUUUCAGUUCAUCAAAUGUGCAAACCACUGAAGUUCUUCUACUCUAAACUAGUCAAACCAUGUUUUUAUGUCUUUAUAAACAGGGGGGGUGGAACACUAGUCCACAUACUUUUGACCAUACAGUGUAGACCUGCUGCCUCUGCUUUGAUGUUUUUGAUAAAGGAAGAAAAUAAAAAUAAUGUCCUGGA